AUCAGAAAACCUCGCGGAGGCUCUGCUGCGCCAUUGAACAAUAGAGGAAGAACCUUCCCAUGUGCGUGCUCAUCUGACUCUUCCUCUCUCCCCACCUCCCGUUUCCCUUCCACCACUAUUUGGGUCCCGUCGAAAACCAAGGGGAGAGGACGAGGGCAAAGAGACGAUCCAGAGCCGCGACUGCAACGCCAGCCUGCCGCCGCUAGCCCGCCCGGGGCAUGCUCAGUCGGAGCCUGCCGGGGCCAGGGAGGGGGCGCGCCACUCGCGGCUUCUCUUUCCUUGCGUCAGAUUAAUGUUCCGGAGCAGGGGAGGGGGGUGCUGAGAAGCAACCACGCGCACUUCGCCCGGGGAAAGAGCGCGGGAGCCGCCGGGGCGGCUUCGAACGUCGCUGCGCGCGGUGGAACGGCGGGACUCAGCUUUUGGAACGUCGGGAUUCCUCUUUUGGAACGUUGGGAGACUUUGGAACGUCAGCGGUCCGCUGCGGCGGCGGCGGCGAGGCCCCAGGCGCUCCUGUUCAGCCGGAGUUGCGGCGCGAGUCCCACCGGCGGGGCCCUGGGGGGGUUCGGAGCGCGAUCCGCUCGCUGCCCGCCGUUCGAUGGUUGGUUCCGACCGCGAUGAGCCGCCCGUCCUCCGCCGGGCCCAGCGCUAGCAAACCUUGCGGCAAGCAGCAGCAGCAGCACGCGCCCUCCCCGGCUGCUGCCCCCGCCGCUGCCGCCGCCGCCGCCACCAUCUCGGCCGCCGGGGCCGGCUCUUCCGCGGUGCCCGGCGCGGCCGCGGUGCUCUCGAGCCCCGGCGGGGGGGAAGGCAGCGGGGGGCCGGUCUCUCCGCAGCACCACGAGCUGACCUCGCUCUUCGAGUGCCCCGUUUGCUUCGACUAUGUGCUGCCGCCGAUCCUGCAGUGCCAGGCCGGGCACUUGGUCUGCAACCAAUGCCGGCAGAAGCUGAGCUUGUGCCCCACGUGCAGGGGAUCCCUGACCCCCAGCAUCAGGAACCUGGCCAUGGAGAAAGUGGCCUCGGCCGUCCUCUUCCCCUGCAAGUAUGCCACCACGGGCUGCUCUCUGACACUCCAUCAUACAGAAAAGCCAGAACACGAAGACAUUUGAAUACGUAUAUUUCACCGUCCGUUGCCGGGCCUUUUCACAGAAAUGGCGGGGCUCUUUAGGAAACAGAUAUGUCUCAUCUCAUUACCCGCAGCCCACAAGAGCAUCUGCGCUGCAAAGGAAGACAUUAUCUUCCCUGCGCUACACCAGACAUUAACUGCGGGCGUCGACUGGGUGAUGAUGCAGUCGUGCUUCGGGCACCACUUCAUGCUGGUGUUGGAGAAGCAGGAGAAGUACGAAGGCCAUCAGCAGUUCUUUGCCAUCGUCCUGCUCAUCGGUACCCGAAAGCAAGCGGAGAACUUUGCAUACAGACUUGAACUGAACGGCAACCGGCGGAGGCUGACGUGGGAGGCCACGCCGCGGUCCAUUCAUGAUGGGGUGGCAGCGAUCGCGGAACAGCGACGCUGUCUUUGUUUCCCCGACACAUGCAUAGCACACCUUUUUACUGAACAAUGAAACCUUGGGAUCAACGUCACUAUUUCUACAUGUUGUCCGUGAUGCCUCUGUGUAACGUGAGACAGAUAUGCUUGUCUGGACAUAGUGGUUUUUUUCAUUCAUGGUUUUUAAAAUGGUAUUCAAGGAUGUCUUUGUAAGUAGUAGGGUUCUUCUUUAGCCUACCAUUUUGUAAAUCCUCCCUUCCCUCCUUGAAUUGUUUCUUAAAGCAAAGAUGACAAGGGCUUUUAAACUGAAGACAAGUUAGAUCCUAUUAAUGCGUCAAAGGGAAAAGAAGUUUAUUUUGUAAACGGAGUUGGAUGUGUUUUAGAGAAAAGUUUGAAAGGAAAGUUUUUAUCCAAACUUGUAGGUUGGGAAAAGAAGUGUUAUUAGGUCGAACAUAGCAAAAAAACCCCCAUGUUUAUGGCUGGGCAGGAUGAGGUGGUAGAAUCUUGACAAGGUAAAAAUGGUCCAUACCAUUUUGGAAUGCUCCCCCCACAAUUUGUAUGCUGAAGCCCAGUACCUCAAGGAGAGUGGCCCUGCUCUGCUGUUAUUUUUCUGCAUAUAGGAAAUGUAUAAUGGGAGCAUUCAAAGGUGUAGUUCUUCACCUGCAGCAGGACAUCAUCACCUCAGGAUUCUACCAGCUCGUUUUGAUGCAGUCACAGAUGCCUGUGAGGCGGGAAAUGAGAACAUUCUCUGUGACUGACCUCAUAAACAAGAACUGCAAGGUGGAAUUGGGAAAGAUUGCUGUAUUGGUUACAUCACUGACACAGGAACAGAAGGCACUUUGGCUGUUAUUGCUGUGCUUCAGUGGCUGUUAUUUUAAAAGAUUUGCAGCUGUUAAAACGGUCCAUAGGUUUUGCAAAAUCACAGGCCUCUUUUAGUCAUCCAUCCCAUUUCGGCAGAGCUGAAAGAGCACUUCAGUCUGGAGUUGCAAAAAAAAAAAAAGAAAGAAAGUGUUACGAACCGAUAAAGUAAAUUUGCAUCUAUAAAUAUAUCCAGGUUGUUUACAUGUGGCUGCCCUUUGGGAAGACAUACUUGACAUCGACAUUGUAAAGACUGGCUAAAAUAACACGUUACCAGCCUGUGUCUUGUCCUUUUUGCUAUUUAAGCAUUUUUUUUGUUGUUGUUGCCAUAUUUACUCUAGUUUUUUAAAUAAAUAUUUUGCAAAAAUA